UCCCUUGUAAAAUGUCUUUUUAUUGUUGCACUUGGGUGUUUUGUCUCCCACGCCGGAGUUACUCGGGAACUGUCUGGACGCAGUCCUGUGCCACGUGCUCUAGGAUGGUCCAAGGUCGGACCAGAUGAUGCACGGUGGUCCCUUCAGAUCUGACCCAUUCUGUGAUUCCAUGAUUCUGUAAUGUCCUGCGUGGCAGGAGGGCUGCUGAUCGAUGGACUGGAGGAGAAGCUGGCACGCUGCAGACAGAGCAUGGAAGAGGUGGAACUUAAGCUGCGCAGGGAGAAGCUCAGCCCUGAAGGAAGAAAGUCACUGGAGAGAGAGAGAAACUUACUAAUGACCAAAGCUGACAACUAUGAGAAAGAACUGAGUGCUCUUCGCAAGGAAAAUCGCAAGAAUGCUGCCCUUGCUGUGGCCAUGGCGUUGCUGAUGGCUCUUAUUUACGCCUGCUGGACGAUGUGAUUGCAGUCAAGAAUUCUCCCUGCUGACCAAACGACUCUCCUGCAAGGGGCUCUUCCUCCUCUCACCACUGUGCCUCCAAGAGUGAGGAUCAGCAUUUCAAAAUGCUGUUCUUGUUUACUGUCUCCAAGCCUCAUUGUAGGGAAGAUUUUUCUCUGCAAAUUGAGGGGGACAGGAGACAAACCAGAAAUCACAGCACACUUGCACUUGAAAAUCAGGUCAAACAGAACUCAAGGUGGUGCCAUCUUACCCAAAACACAGUCAAGACCACCCAGCAUGAUGCAAGAAAGCAGUUCUCCCUUUUGAAGAGGACAUCUGUGGUUG